AUGGCGGUGUAUCUGGCUGCUUAUUCUGCUAUCGGCAUAUCAAUUUUCAGCUUCAUGUUAUGCGUAUACUUUCUCAGUAACUUGACUUAUAAAAUUGGAUUGAUUAAUAAUGAACUUGAGCAGGAAAUUGGCGAGUUCCGACAUAUGGAAAUCCAUAUAUGGAGUGAAUAUCGAGGCAAGCAGUUCAGGCAAUCAGCUGUAAAGGCGAGAGUAGCUCGACAAGCUCCAGGCCAAUGCGUUUGUAAUGUAAAUAAUAAAUGCCCACCAGGUCCACCAGGACCUCCCGGCAUUCCAGGAUUAGAAGGCACACCAGGUCUUCCCGGAUUACCAGGAUCUCCUGGCUUGCCUGGCAACUUCCCACCGAUCAACUACAACCAUGAAGGUAAUUGUCGAGUGUGCCCAAGUGGUCCAUCGGGACCUCCUGGACCAGUGGGAAGCCCAGGCAGUCCAGGGCAAAAUGGCCCUCUAGGACCAGCUGGGCCUCGUGGACAAAACGGCAACAUGGGACCACCAGGACCGCCAGGGAUGUCAGGGGAAAGCGGGAAAUCAGGGAUUCCAGGGAUGCCGGGUGCGGCAGGUUUACCAGGUUCACCAGGGGGAAAAGGUAUGGCAGGACCAAAGGGUCCACCUGGUCCACCUGGCCCUCCUGGAUCACAACCUCAAGUAGCAAAUGCUGGUCGUCAAGGCAGCCCAGGGCGUCAAGGGCCGCCUGGCCAACCUGGCAUGCAAGGGCCCGAUGGAAUGAAAGGAGCCACAGGGCCACCAGGCACUCCAGGUGCACCUGGAGAAGAUGCAACAUAUUGUCCAUGCCCAGGCAGAAGAGUGGCAGUCUCUCUUACAACAUAA